AGCUGUGUCAGGCUGUGUUGUCGGAAACGUGACGUCAGUGUCGACGGGCGCAACAAUAGCUGGCUGUGUCUGUGCGCGUGUGUGAGCGGAUCAAUCAGCUGAUCACAGAUCGAUCGGGAUGUCGUUCCAGGGCAAGAAGAGCAGCGCGAGACACGCGGGCGACCGUCUGAUCAUCAAAGGAGGAAAGAUUGUCAAUGACGACCAGUCGUUCUACGCUGAUAUCUAUGUUGAGGAUGGGACCAUCAAACAGAUUGGCGAGAACUUGAUUGUCCCGUCCGGCGUGAAAACGGUGGACGCAUAUGGUCAGCUGGUGAUCCCUGGAGGAAUCGACGCCAACACAAACCUGUACUCACCACAGAAAGGCCUGAACCCGGCAGAUGACUUCUACCAGGGAACUAGAGCCGCCCUGUCCGGAGGAACCACCACCAUCAUGGACCACGUGCUGGUGGAGCCGGGGACUAGUUUACUAACGGCAUUUGACCAAUGGAAAGAUGCGGCAGAGCAGAGGGCGUGCUGCGACUUCUCCCUCCAUGUGGACAUCACCCGCUGGCACGAGGGGCUGUAUGAGGAGCUGGAGACACUCAUCAAGGACAAAGGUGUGAACUCCUUCCUCUUCUUCAUGGCCUACAAAGAUAAGUACCAGAGCUCCGACUCUCAGCUCUAUGAGGCCUUCAGUGUCCUCCGGGAUCUCGGAGCCAUCGCGCAGGUCCAUGCUGAGAAUGGUGACAUCAUUGAUGAGGAGCAGAAGAAGCUUCUCUGUCUUGGCAUUACUGGACCUGAAGGACAUGUUAUAUCGCACUCGGAAGAGGUAGAGACUGAGGCAGUGUAUCGGGCCAUCACCAUUGCCAAACAGUCCAACUGCCCGCUGUACGUUACCAAGGUGAUGAGCAAAUCUGCUGCUGAUGUCAUCGCCAAAGCCAGGAAGAAAGGCAUGGUGGUGUAUGGGGAACCAAUCACAGCUGGCCUGGCUACCGACGGCUCCCAUUAUUGGUCCAAAGACUGGGCCAUAGCUGCUGCCUUCGUCACAAGCCCGCCCCUUAACCCUGAUCCUUCGACUCCGCAGUACUUGACCUCCCUGUUAGCAUGUGGAGACCUCCAAGUAACCUCCAGCGCUCAGGCCAGCUUUUCCACCGCUCAGAAAGCUGUCGGUAAAGACAACUUCACUUUGAUCCCAGAGGGAACUAAUGGCAUCGAGGAGAGGAUGUCGGUGGUCUGGGACAGAGCAGUGGCCACUGGAAUGAUGGAUGAGAAUGAAUUUGUUGCAGUAACCAGCACCAAUGCUGCAAAGCUCUUCAGCAUGUAUCCACGAAAAGGUCGGAUCGCUGUAGGAUCUGACGCUGAUAUUGUCAUCUGGAAUCCGAAGGAGACACGAAUCAUUUCUGCAAACACUCACAACCUGAACCUAGAGGUCAACAUCUUUGAGGGUUUGGAGUUUCGGGGAGUGGCAUCGGUGGUGAUCAGCGGCGGACGAGUUCUUCUGGAGGACGGAAAACUCAACGUGACCGAAGGUUCAGGACGCUUCAUUCCCAGGAAGGCUUUUCCUGAUAUCGUGUACAAGAGGAUCAAAGCCCGCAGCAAGAUGGCCGAAGCUCACGGUGUCCCCCGUGGAAACUACGAUGGUCCAGUCCAUGAUGUCAUCAGCAUGACUAAAUCAGUCCCACCCACCCCGACCACCAGGGGGCCCCCAUGUCCAAAAACCCUGACCGGCCCCCGAAAUCUCCACCAGUCGGGAUUCACCCUCGCAGGAGCUCAGAUUGAUGACCACAUACCACGGCGCUCUGCUCAGAGGAUUGUGGCACCUCCUGGUGGACGAUCCAACAUUACGUCAUUAUCCUAAAACUGGAAGAAUGAAACAGUCGCUGUGAGACUGUCCAACAGUCCUUACAAUGACUACUAGCUCUUCAUAAUAGUAAUAUUUCAUCAUGAACUCAAAUGCAACCCUCCAAACAACCCUACAGCUAGCUCCAAACAACUUAAACUACUAAAUCCUAAAUUGAAAGCUCCUGACUCGUUUAAUGGUACUUUUAUAAAGCUGUAGUAUUUCAGCUAGUAGAAAAUGGCAAUACAACUCGAUAAAUACCAGUAAGCCCUGCUUACACUGAACUACUUCACGUUUCUAAGAUAGCAGUACUCCAGCAUAUAAAAGCAUCAAGUACAACUAAGACUGCAAGUUACUAAACAAGUAUUACAUCAGACAGAGUGGUACUUCUACAAGUACUAAAGCUACCUGACGUAAAGGAUGGGUUAUAAAUUCUAUGCCAUUAGUACUUCAGCUAGUAUUUAACCCAAUACAAACCCCAUGGUUACCACUAAGUACCACAUCAGCAUUAGAGCUGUUAGUACUCUGCCCUAAAACUACAUAACGACUGUUUUACACCAUACAGCAAAUACUUUAUUCUAUAAUAGUACUUUACCUAGAACUAUGACCCGAUAAUACUUUAGCCUACUGAAUCAUUCUGCAGUAGAAGCCCAACAGCGAACCCUACAGUGUUAGUGUAACUAGUACUACACCCUAGAAACAUGGUACUGAAUGUUUUUGGUAUUCUCAUCUUCAUCUCAUUAUUCGUCACUCCAUCUGUUCUAUCAGCUCUGAUAAAUGCAGUAGUUGUAGUUUCAGUCGUAGUAGCAGAAGUAUAACCGAACAUUUGUGCUUUCUGUAGUGCUUUUUGAUUAGCAGGACUAUGGUCAUGCCACUUCAUCAUGAGAAAACUGUUGCAGUAGAACCAGUACUCCUUUCAGGUUAGGUUUCUGUUCCAGGUGGAAGCUCCUCUGGUUGUUUUCAGAUGUUGUCUCUGACAGCUGGUUGUGUCAAAUGCUUCUGCUUCCUGUUUGUUAGACAGGACUCGGGCCUGUCCGAGUGCCCUUCUAAUUCAUUCAUUUAAUGGCGUUCUGAAAAUCUCCAAAUCAGAAUUAAACUCCUUCAGAUUCACGCAGAUGUUCUCUUCUCUGGCUGUGAAUGGUGCUAAGAAAUCCAGAUAGCCUCCAAGUAGCAAUCCCUACAAAGCCCCGCCUCCUAAAGGAGGCUAGCACAGCCACAUAAUAUCAUUACAGCAACUACAGCUUGAUCUGAUCACAGACUGCACAUGCUCAGUAGGAUUUCUGACUCUUUCAUUGGACUUUACAUAAAGGUCACUGUUCUCCUUCUUGGACACUGAGUGAAACACCGGGGCGAACGCUGAGCCAUCAGUUAGGGUUAUGUCCAUGAUCAGAUCCUGCUGUAAGUAUCCACCAUGACCUCUGACCUUUGUCCUCUGAUGACCUCAGAUUUUUAACAGUGUGUUAGACUUGUACAAAGUUCAUUUUGUAUUUUUUACACUUUUUGUAUCCUGGAAGUGUUAGCAUCAGUGAGCUCACAAGUGUCCACGCAGCCCAUGGCAACCAUGUUUGUGGCAGGCUGUUGCUAUAGUAACAAGAUGUUGUUUUUCAUCUGCACAGCAGCUGGUUAGUCUAGCAUGAAGCCAGGCUCAAAAAUGGUAUCUGUGUCGUGCAGUGUGUUUCUGUAGCAGUCGAACAUGUUCCCGUCCUUACAGGUGCACCGGAGCCAGCAUGGAGGGCAUGAAGUCCUGGUGCACACAGGUCACCGUGGCAGUGGCGUGUCUGUCAUUGUUGUUGUUGUUUCUGUUGGUGAAUGAAAAAAUUUGUUCCAGAUGUGAUGAGAGCUGCAUGAAUAAAGGAGGAAGAGAAAAACUGAC